GGAAGAGACAGCGAGGUGGAGUGAGGGGAAGGGCCGCAGAAACGUCAAACUACUUCACUUGAAGCAAGAUGGAUUCUAGUACAUAGUGUUGAUAAUCUUUUUUAAUUAGCUGUCUUCUGUAGUGUUUCACAGCUCUCGUAACAUAACAAUGGACUCUAACAUUAUGGAGAUAAUAGAGGAAUUCAUGGAAAGUGCGUUGGUGCAAUGGGUUCAGCUGUUUGAAAAGAUGGUGGAGAGGGAGGACGGCUUUCCGCUUUACAGCCAGUACAUGGAAGUCAACUCAAUUUCCCAGAGUGUCCGGGAUCGUUACAUGAGGCUGACCAAUGGGAUUUUCCUCAAUGAGAUCAUGAGGGUCAUAGACCCGAACCCCAAGGUGGAGCGUUUGUACAACAGCGAGCGAGAUGAUCAGAUGCUCAGAGUCCAGAACUUUUCAAUAUUAACUCGACACAUCAGAGCCUUCUACCAGGAAGACCUGCAGCAGUUAAUACUGAUGCCUCUCCCAAACGUUGCCAUUCUGGGGCAGGACCCCCUAACAGAGGCAGCCGUGGAAGAGCUCCGACGACUGCUGCUGCUCUUACUAGGAUGUGCUGUGCAGUGUGAGGAGAAGGAGACGUUUAUCCAGGAGAUCCAGUCUCUGGACAUUGAAACCCAGGCAGCCAUUGCCAGCUGUAUCCAGCAGGUGACUCAGGAUCCUCGCACGGUGCUGCCGCUGAGGUGGGAGGAGCUGGUAGAGGUUGAAGGUGCAGACUUACAGCUGGUGUUCAGCUCCAUGGCCAAACAGAUCCAAAGCCUGCUGGCACAGAGAGACACACACCUGGAGAGGAUAGCAGAGCUGUGUCGGGAGCGGGAGGCCCAGUCUGACUCAACCACGGUGCCCCUGGGUGGUCACAGCGAGGAGCCACCCCAAAGUCUGGCUCUCCAGCUGGCAGACAGCAAGGCCAAACUCCGCCGCCUUAAACAACAACUGGAAGAUAAAGGUGAUCAGAUAUUGGAUAACAACCUGGAGAUUCAAACCAUGGAGGAACAGAUCAAGAAACUUCAGAAAGAGAAUCGUUCUCUGCAGGGUGAGGUGAGGGGCAUGCGUGCACUACGGGAUGAGCUGGACUGCGCCCGAGAGCGAGCUGCGCGGGCUGAGCAGCUCCAGACUGAGCUUCAGAGCUGUAAACACAGAUUGCGCGGCCUGGAGCUCACACGGACUCAGCUGAAGGAGCAGCAGCAGCUGUGUGCAGCGCUGCAGGAGACCAAAGUUCUUCUGGAAGAACAGCUGGCCAAUGCACAGUCACGCUGCUCCUCGCUACGAGAGCUUGAGAGGGACAAUCUUCUGCUGCGUCAGAGAAUCAUAGAGGUGGAAGCGGAGCAGGACACCGAGAGGCAGCGAGUUGAUGAGCUGCUGGAGAUGAACAUGAGCCUCGAGGCGGACCUGAGGCACUGCUGCAGCAGCGGCAGUAUUCCCGCUCCAGUUGCUGCGGUUCACCAACGUUUCCUCCAAUCAGUACUGGACUCUGACGAGGAGCUAAACGAAAUGAUUGAUCAGAAGCCACUGAGUGUGGAGGUGGGCGAGGCUUCGACGCUGAUGCUGCUGGGAGCGGAGCAGGAGAACGCAGAGCUGAGGAGACGACUGGAGGAGCUGCAGGCCCAGCAGGAGGCUGAUUCUCCAGAUGCAAAGGAUGAGCUGGCUUGCCUGGAAAUGGAGCAUCAGAACACACUCAGAGAGUUUCAAAACUUGAAGAAUGACAAUGCCACUUUGAAGCAGCGCCUUGAAGAGCUGGUGACCAAACUGCAAUACUUAGAAGACAAAAAGAAGGAAGAAGUGAAGAUGGAGGAGAAGGUGGAGAGAGGAGUCCAGGGCUCUGAAUCCUGCAGAGGAGAGGGGGAAGGAAGGGUGAGGGUAAUGGGGUUGAGGGAGAGAAGAGGAGAAAUCAUUGGGACCCAGAGGGAAGCGGGCGUUGGGGAAGAGGUUGUCCAUGUUGAAGGGGGAAAAGAAGAACCAUGCGAUGAGGAGGCUGAGUCCAAAGGAAGAGGAGAGGCAGAGGGAGGGCAGAAGGACAAAGAGAAAAAGGAGAAAGAAAGACACAUAAAGAAAGAUCAUACUGCAGUAACAACAACGAGCUCAGAGAUCCAAAAUCACUCACAAAGUGUAGAAGAUAAUACAGAGACCAUAGCUGUAGUGCAGGCUGUUUGUCCUCUGUCUGUUCCUGAUGUAGAGCUUCUGGCAAAGCACCUCCAGGAUGCCCAGGAAGAGGUUGACAGACAGGCAAUGGUGGCCCAGGAACUGCGCUCCAAACUGGGGGAGCAGAGCAGAAAAACCUGGGAGGCUGAGCAAAGGCUGGUGGUUCUGGAGGCCGAGCUGCAGCGACUGAAGAGAGCUGCCGAGAGUCUGGGAGAUGCCCGCAGGCAGAUAGAGGUUCUUCAGUCGGAGGGUCUGGUUAUGGAGGAGGAGCUGUGCCGCUUGCGGAGCCAAGUGGGGCUUCACAGGAUGCAGUCCACAGUCAUCGCCACCCUGGAGGGAGAGCGGGCCGCACUGGAGAGAGACAGGGAUACGCUACGCAGCACCAUGGACGCCCUGCGCACCGCCCACCGCAAGAGUGACCAGUUAGAGCUCACCACUCAGAGUCUCAGGGCAGAGGUCGAACGACAAGUUCGGAGUUUGGAGACUUCUCGACGUCGUGAGGAGGAGCUGGAGGCAGAGCUCCGCGAGGCCACCGUGGAGGCCGAAUCUAUGGCCCGGGCGCGAGACCAGGCGCUGCUGGAGGCGUCAAGGCUGGAGCAGGAGAAGGAGGUGUGUCAGUCGGAGCUGGACGGCCAACGGAAGGAGGGGAGGCAGAGAGAGAGGGAGGCAGCGAGGCUCAGGCAGCAGCUGGAGAGCACAACCUUGGCCCUGGAGCACAGCAACCAGAGAGCUCGGGCUCUGGAUGCUGAACACAGACGUGUGUGUCAGCAGCUGUCUGAAUCCAAGGAGCUCUGCACUCGGCUGCAAGACCUGGAGAAGGAGCUCAGCACUCGAUUAACCAGCAUGGAGGAGGGUAAACAGCAGCUGCAGGAGCAGCACGCAGAUGCUCAGGCCAAGAUUAGCUCACUGUCCCAGGAUCUAUCCAAUGAGCAGGCACGUUCUCAGAAACUGUCUACUGAAGUCGAACAUCUGAGCCAGAAACUGCAAAACGCUGAAGCUGAACUUAAGACAACAACCGAUUAUCUCAACCAAUCACAGGAGAGAAUAGAGUCGCUCUCCAAGUGCCUUCAGAAAAGUGAAUCUCUUCUCCAUUUGGAAAAGAGAAGAGGAAGUGCGGAGGUGGACGCUACGUCUAAUUCAAAAUCAGACUCAUCAAACAAAAAUCACAUUUGUCACACAAACACCCAGGAGACGUCACAUCUGGAUCAAUCCCCUGCAACUGGCAAAGGUCGACACCUUUCCAUGACGCAUGACCAUGCCACAGGAGAGACAGAGAGGCAGCUGAGUGAGAGGUUGAUAGAGCUGGAAAGAGAGAAAGCAGUGGCGGUUGCAGGACAGGAGGCUUUGCUGUUGCGACUGUCUCAGUCCCAGGAGGCGUGUGAGCACCUGAAGGAGCAGCUGGAGGCUCUGCGCCGGCACUCCCUCAGCCUGCAGGACUCCUGCACCAGAGUACAGACACUCAACACCCAGCUACAGGUGGAGCAAGCAUCUCUUAGCUCCCAGCAUGCAGCAGUUGUGGCACGCUGCAGUGAGAGUGAGGGCCGGUGUGUGGCUCUGGAGGCCGAGUCCAAAGUGUGGGCGCGGGAGCGGGAGGAGUCGGUGGCCAGGAUGGAGGCUCUGAGGCGGGACCACGAGCGGAUGACUGCUCUGCAGCAGCGGCAGGAGGUGGAGCUGGAGGAGCUGCUGGACAAACACUCUCAGCUGAGGAGCAACAACCGCAGCCUGGAGGCCCAGCACAGGGAGCUCGAGGCCAGGUACAAGGAGCUACUGGACGAUAAAACCCACCUGGAGGAGAGAGAGCGGGAGAUGAAGAUGGAGAGAGAGGAGAUGGAAGCAGAUGCUCAGAGGAGACUGGAGAUAGAACGAGAGCUGGAGAGGCUGAAAGAAGACAACGAGAGGCUGCAGGCCCAGCAGAAGGAGGGGUUGGCGUCACAGGCGGAGCUGCUGGCUCAGGGCUCGGAGCUGAGGGGCGAGCUGAGCGCCUCCCAGCUGGAGCGGACGCGGCUGGAGGGGGAACUCAGCGGCCUGAGGGAAACUAACCAGAGCCUGGUCCUCACCAGCGCCCGCCUCACCAGCCAGUACCAGCUGUUAACCCAGUUGAAGGGGAACAUGGAGGAGGAGAACCGACAUUUAGCGGAGCAGAACCAGAGUCUGCUGAAGGAGAAUCGGGCCUUACUGGAGCAGAGCCUAGAGCGCCGUGACCAGCACUACUCACAGCAGAGGGAGUACCAGGAGAAGCUGAGCGAGCUUCGUCGCGAGAAGCAGAAAUUGGUGGAGAAGAUUAUGGAUCAGUAUCGAGUCCUCGAGCCCAGCAUGCAACCUCCAGCCAGCAAAGCCAAGAAAUCUAACUGGAUUGCGGACCGGAUGAAGAAGCUAAUCAAACCCCGGGGAGGAGUAAGAGAGGGACGAGCCCUCUUCACCGCCGCGGGCAGUGUGGAAAACAUAGCCGACAGCACUGAAUUUACAUCAGACACGCACACACCUCAUCCCGACCCCCGCAGUGCUCCAGUCUCUCCCUCUCCAAUGAGAAAAGCUCCAUCCCAGACAGACAUCUCGGCUCCUGGGACUCCAGCCAUGCGCUCCAGCUCUGGGGUGCGUCGUAAGCUGGGAUCCCGUCACGGCUGGGGGCUUGGGUUGGCCAGGGGAGGCUCUGGAGUCUCCCAAUCCUUCAGUCCUGGUGACCACAAAACACCGCCCCGCCUGCGGCUGCGCUCCAGCCAGAACAACUCCAAUGUCCUCUGGGAGGGACAGAGAGGCGAAACAAACACACCCCAGACAGCAGACGCUCCGUUGAGCAGUCAGGAGAGUGUCGAGGAGGAUGAAGGCAGAGCCAGGAAGAUUCCAUUGAGAUACAAGAUCUCUUCUUCCAGCAAAUCCUGGUCAAGACCAGAGGCGUUUUUGUGUCUAAACCUAACCAUACCAUAAGGGUGACGGAUAAAACUAUUUAUUUUAUCAUUUAAUUUGAAGAACAUCAGUGAAGUCAAGAGGAUGUGUUGCUAGCUAGCUUAACUGAAAACACGGAUAGCUAAAUGCACUAAGCAGUCAGCUAAUGUUAGCUAACCUAACUUUAGUCAUAAAACUAAAGCCACCAGUCCACGUAAUAUUAAUCACCCAUAUACUUAACUACUACAUCCUGUGGUGUGCCUCAGGGUUCUGUGUUCAGUCCUAUAUUAUUUACAUUGUAUUCCCUUAGGUCAUAUUAUUAACAAAUUUAAAGGUAUCUCAUAUCACUGUUAUGCUGAUGAUAUUCAGCUCUAUGUCUCGUAUAAGCCUGAUGAGAGUGACAAACUGACUGUUUGCACAAUAGUCUGAUUGCCAUAAAGGACUGGAUGGCUAACAACUUUUUACAGCUCAACGAUAAGACUGAGGUCCUUAGCGUUGCUUCAGAUGGCACAGCUUCCAAGGUUGUUCAUUGUUUGGGGUCUCUUUUCCUCAGUUUUCCUUCCUAAUAUCAGAAAUCUAUUUUACUACUUUUGAUCAUGCUAUGUAUUUUGAUCAACAUAUCAAAUCAUUGACCUGUAUAUGUUUCUUUCAAUAGACCUUUUUCACAGCAGACAUUUUUUACUGAAAUUGAUAACCAUAACGAUGGCUCAAUUCCAUUAAG